CUGACCAGGCGUCCGGGCUCUUCCGGGACUGAUGAGCCUGCAACAAGCGGACGAGCUGCCAUAGGGAGGCGGCCUGGGCCAGCCCUGGGAUAUCAGCACCCACAGCCAAGCCAAUCGUGCGCAAGUAAUGGAGAGCUCGUCGGUGGCAUCGGCAUCCUCAGAGGCGGGGAGUAGCCGUUCCCUGGAAAUCGAGGAGCUGGAGAGGUUCAUUGAUAGCUAUGUGCUGGAGUACCAGGUCCAGGGGCUGCUUACGGACAAGACUGAAGGGGACGGAGAGAGUGAUAAGACCCAGUCGAAUGUAUCACAGUGGACCGUGGAAUGUACUGAACGAUUGGAAGAGAACCGGACCUCCCCAAGGAACAGAGAACCCACCUACAGCCAGAAUGGUAACAAAGAGGGGCCCCUGGACAUGCUGGGCACGGAUAUCUGGGCAGCGAGUACUGUGGAGUCUAUAAGUGGCGCCACUUGGGAUUUGCAGCCAGAAAAACUGGACUUCACGCAACUUCAGCUGAGACAGCGGAACAGCCCCAAGCACCCCCCGCCUCAGAUAGACCGAGAUGGGUUUGGAAAAGGGAAACGAGUAGAAGGAGACGACAUAAACUUGAACGACAUAGAGAAAGUACUUCCCACAUGGCAGGGGAACAGCCCACUGCCCCUCUAAGCAUACAUUAAACAGCAGAAACCCCAAGGAGGAAAUAAACAGCCGCCGUCCCAGCAAAAUGACCACCAACCAGCCACUGCCAAACACAACAGUCGGGAGCACCAGAGACAAUACCACGGGAACCCACCACCGCCGCACCCCUCAGGCAAGCAAGGCCACCAUGGCUACAGCCAAAACCGCCGAUGGCACCACAACCAGAAGCACCUGCCAAAUGACCUGCAGAGAAAUGCCAAAGAGACUGACACCUUAAAAAUUGAGGACGCCUCUGUGUGUACAGUGCACAUCCCAUUGGACAUUCACAGCAACACAGACAGCACGGAAAGGCACUGUCCGCCGGCCAAUGAUUCCGAGGCGAAGCGGAAAGAAAGUAUUCAGAGCAGAGACAGGCCGAAAAUAAGCCUCCUCCAGUCCUCAAAGGACAGGCUGAGAAGACGGCUCAAAGAGAAGGAAGACGUAGCGGUUGAAUCCACCAAUCCCCAGAAGACCAAAAUGGACAAACUGAUAGAGAUCCUAAACAGUAUGAGGAACAACAGCAGCGACGUGGAUUAUAAACUGACCACUUUCAUGGCGGAGGCGCAGAAUUCCGCCAAUUCAGAGGAGAUGCUGGGGGAGAUAGUCAAGACUAUUUAUCAGAAAGCGGUGACGGACCGAAGCUUCGCGCAUACGGCCGCCAAACUCUGCGACAGGAUGGCGCUGUUUAUGGUGGAAGGCACCAAGUUCCGAAGUCUCCUCCUCAACAUGUUACAGAAGGAUUUCUCCAUACGGGAAGAGAUGCACCGCUCUGACGUGGAACGCUGGCUGGGGUUCAUCACCUUUCUGUGCGAAGUCUUCGGCACCAUGAGGAGUAACAUGGCCGAACCCUUCCGAGUCCUUGUGUGUCCCAUCUAUACCUGCCUUAGGGAGCUGCUGCAGUCGGAGGAUGUGAAGGAGGAUGCUGUGCUGUGCUGCUCUAUGGAGCUGCAGAGCGCGGGCCGCUUGCUGGAAGACCAACUGCCCGAGAUGAUGUCGGAGCUCCUGGCGACGGCGCGAGACAAGAUGCUGUGCCCCUCGGAGUCCAUGCUGACGCGCUCGCUCCUUCUCGAGGUCAUAGAGCUGCACGCCAACAGCUGGAACCCCCUGACCCCGACCAUCACACAGUACUACAACAAAACCAUCCAGAAACUGACGGGCUGAUGGGGGGACUGGGCAAGAGCUUCGUAUGCACCAGGAUGGGGGCCCUAUGGGGACACGGCUUGUCGACCUCAGACAGCGGCGAGAGCGCAGACAGAGCACAGCAUGCGAGAUCUCAUUGCGUGAGGAGGGGGGAGAUUAUUUCUUUUUUUAAUCCUGUUCUCCCCCCUCGGCCCUGAACAUUCCCCUCCUCCAUUCAGUCCUUGCCACCGCACACCCCCCCGGGCAUUGGCACUGUGGGCGCAGCAGAGAUGUGUAUUGAAAGGCAAGUGACUGGCUGCUAUUGUUUACACGUGAUUGUGACAGCUUCACUGGGAUGUCUCGCCGGCACAAAGGGGCCCCGGCAUCUAUACAUUCAGCCGGCAGAGCCGCAGGGUAUCGGGGGGGCCCCGGCAGAGCCUCUGGAGCGUGGUUUGAUGAUCAAUUAGAACAUUGCACGGGUUGAAUUUUUCAUUUGCACUGUUUUGUUACAUUUAAAGAGACAGAGACCUUUUCUUUCAGACAGCGGCAGAACUACCAAGGCGAAGCUAUCCGUACGGUUGGGAGUCAGAACCUCCAGUGACCCGAGGUUCCAAGGGGAGAGGCUGCGGAAUUGAUACAGCGCCCCCGCUAGUAACGCUUCCCCCGCCUCAGUCAUGGAACAAGUCGUCAUGUGAUCUCGUGAUUUUCAGUUGGCAUUAAUUUUUUUGGUUAGGUUUUGGCUCUCACCAAGAGGCAUCUGGUGGCAUCUGGUUGCCGGAGGAGACCAGCCAUCGCCUAAUGUGAUUAUUAUUAUUCUCAUUAUUUAAAUACCCUUUUCAAGCCCCCCCCCCCCCUUGCUGUAAGGCGUUCAAUCCAAUGCCUUGUGGCUAGAGGUGGUACCCCCCCCAGCAACCAGAGGGCAGUUUUGGUUUCAAACUGGAGAGCUAAAGGUUAAUUACAAAAAUAUAAAAA